CACAUUCAUUAUGGUUUUUGUCAAUCUAUACAAUAUAUUACGUUCUCUUUGUUAAAAUAAAACAUACUCUUGAUACUCUGUGGUUUGUGAGGUCGUAACUCGUAUUCUAGUUUAUUGGUCUCUGGUAUCGUACAAUAAAAAAUUACAAAAACUAAACUCGUUUGUAAUAAAAGUGAAUAAAAGGCAUACAAUAGUAUCAUGUCGGUAGCAUUUGCCGCUCGUGGAAAUCGUCCGCCCCUAAGUCCAGCGCAAAUCCAAAAGAUGUUGGACGAGAAUGCGCAUCUAAUACAAACAAUACAAGAAUAUCAAGCGAAAGGGCAGCUCAUGGAAUGCCACCAAUACCAGCAAGUUUUGCACAGAAACCUUGUGUAUUUAGCUUCUGUGGCGGAUGCAAAUCAAAAUAUUCAGAACAUUUUGCCGCCACCGCAUCAACUGGUUGCUAAUGUAUCGCAAGCGCCGCCUAUAAAUUCGCCGUCUACUGGAGUGGACAUGGCUAGUGGUGGACAACAACCUUACCGACCUACAUCUGGAGUGUCAACAACUCCGACAAGACCUACACAGUCAUAUGGACAGAGGCCAUAUCCUCAAAAUCAAUACCAAGGACAGUAUCAAGGUGGACCAGGAGUUUAUCCUCCUCAAGCAGGCUAUGGGCCACCUAGUCAAGGAUAUGGACCACCAAAUCCUUCACAGCAACCUCAAGGAUACCCACCAAACUCAAAUUAUGGUCCACCAAUAACAACUGCCCCAAACAGUUAUCCUCCAUCUAGUCAUCCAGGAUCAGGCUACCCGCCAUCAUCUGUGCAACAACCAUAUGCUCCACCACCAGGCAGUCCCGCUGCAGCUGGUAAUCCAUAUCCAAUCCGUGGUGCAGCUCAGCCUGUUUACACUGGAAAUUCUGCUUAUCCCCCAGCUCAAGCUGGCUCUAAUUAUCCUAAUGUUGGAGUGAGUACAUACAAUUCCACACCCCCUCAGCAACAAUCUUAUCAAUCUCAACCUUUCCCCAACACAACCCCUACAUCUGCUUAUAGUUCAACACCUACAACACAACCAAACCGUUCCCCACAACCUCCACCAAGUGGUUACACUCCACAAAAUCCCACAAGUUCUGGUUAUGGAUCACCAUCUGCUCAAUCACCUACAUAUAACUCGAGUUCUCAUGGCAGCAGUGCUUCACCAGCAACAGCAACCUCGGGUGCACCUGCUCCUGGGCCACCAGGACAACAAUAUCCCCCACCAGGACAGCCACCAUACCCACCAGCUAGUCAACCAUCUUAUUCAAAUCCCUCAUCGCAACCUGGAAGCCCUGCACCAUCAGUAUCUACUGCAGGUCCACCACAGACCUCUUAUGCUCAAAAUCCCCAAAAUUAUCCACCAGCAGGAGGUGCAUAUCCCCCGCAUGCUUAUCAACAAGGAUAUCCACCAGCACAGUACCCACCAUCUCCUUAUACCUAUGCUCGUGCUCCUGCGCCAGGUGCACCGCCACCAGCUGCUCCACAACCUUAUCCUGGGUAUGGUUUCCAACCUCCAGCUCAACAAUAAAUUAGUAUUAGGACUCAUAAUGAAUUAUAUUAGUGUCUUGUGGGAACCCAUGUCAAUAGAAAUCAAAAUAACAUUCUGUUUAGUUUAAAAUUCUUAUUACAUAACAAUUGUUAUCAUUUAAAAUUGUAUUUAGGUAGAUCCAGAAUGUAAACAAUUUAAUGAUUUAUUAUUUUUUUCUAGAAGAAGUGAUCAUGAGUAGAGAGACGUGAUAUGCAUCACAAUCUCUUUGUACAGUAUUAUUUGUGUAUUCAAUAGUAGCAACAAUAAUGGGUAACUCCACAUUUAACUGCAAGUUGAUAUUUGAUUUUUCAUCUGAAUAUGUGUUGUCUGAAUGUUUUCUUUUUAUAUGCAGUGAUAUAAAAUAUAAUGUUACACCCUGACUAAAUAAUAAUUAUAAUUAUCAGUAGUACAUACUACAACCUGUACUACUUUGAGUGGGAUUCUCAUAUACUUUAGUGUAUAAGUUUGUUUACAAUCAUUGUAUAAUUAUUAUUUUAAUUCAAUAAAUGAAAUAUAAAAAAUA